AUGAUAAAAGCUAUGAAUAUGGCCAAUUUCACUGAUGCAAACUGUACUAUUCAUCAACUACAAUUAUGUGUGCGAUCAACGAUGGAAAUCGAAGAAUUUCUCUCGUCAGUAAUUACGAAGUGCAAGAAAAUUGCAACUCACUUCAAUCACUCCCUAAUCGCGCAAAAUGAAUUGAAACAAAUUCAAACAGAAAGACUGAACCAAUCAGGACUAAGUAUAAUUCAGGAAUGUUCCACACGAUGGAACGCGACGUAUUAUAUGAUGAAAAGAAUAUUGACAUUAAAAGACUCCUUAGUACUGUAUUCGGGCGCGCAUGAUAUACCAAUUCUUAAUGCUGAUGAAUGGCUCGACUUGAAAAAGUGUGUUGCAAUACUAAAGCCGUUCGAAGAAAUUACAAAGGAGUUAAGUAGUGCUACUGCAACAAUAGCAUCAGUGAUUCCAUUAAUAUAUACUCUUAAAAACACACUAGAAACAGAGAAGAGUAAAGAAGAGACUUCUGAGAACUUCAAAUUAAUGAUUACGAAAAUGAUCCAAGACAUCAAUGUCAGAUUUCAGGAUAUUGAAAAUAAUAAAAUAUAUACAAUAGCUACUUAUCUAGAUCCACGGUUUAAACUCAAGUUUUUUACUGAAAUUACGAAGGAACAGGUACAGUCUGAGAUUCUGGGGAUUCUUGGGUGUUCAAAAGCUUCUCGUGAUGAAGGUCCUUCUUCACCUAAGAGAUCACGGAAUGAGAUUCCGACAACAAGCUCAAGCAACUAUUCACACAUUCAAUCUUGUCUAGCUGAAAUAUUAAGCUUAAGUGACGAGGAAGAGCAAAACAUAGAUUGUGGUGAUGAUGUGCACAAUCAAUUUAUUGUUAAAAAGACAUUACUAAAUGAAUACAACAGGGAGAAACGAUUGACACUCAAUGAAGAUCCACUUUUAUGGUGGAAAAUGCAUACCAAGUACCAUUGCUUAAGUGAUUUAGUAAGACAGUACCUUUCUCCACCUCCUGGAAGUGUACCAAGUUAUCUAGACAAGACACUGAACGACUUUUUGCCCCACCUUUUAACUAUACACGGACUCUGCACCAGCUCAUAG